UGACACUGAAGGAAACUACAGAAGAAUAAUAACUUUGAAUAUUCUCUGGAUUCCAUUCGAUUCAUCUCAAACAAACGAAUAACGUGCACUGCAUGUACUUUGCAAUCUCUGCAUGGUUAAACAUUAAAUACUUCAUGAUUUUACAUGUCACACUUUCUUCGUGUUUGUCGCUGAAUUUAACAAUAGGUGCUUGUUAAGAUAUAAACUUGAACAUUUUAGCCAGAACGACUGUUUCCAUAUUAAAGCCGGCUUAAUCAAAAUGUUUUUAGGAGAUAUUUUUCCUGAUUUUACAGCCAAUACUACAGAAGGAGAAAUUAGUUUUCACGAUUGGCUAGGGGAUUCUUGGGGUAUAUUGUUUUCGCAUCCAUCUGAUUUCACCCCAGUGUGCACAACUGAACUUGCUCGAGUUAUCAAAUUAUAUCCAGAAUUUAUCGCUCGGCAUGUUAAAGUUAUUGGAUUGUCUUGCGACUCCAUUGCAUCACACCAUGAAUGGUGCAAGGACAUUCAAUUCUAUGCAGGUUGCAGUGUGGACGAGAAGUUCCCUUAUCCUAUAAUUGAAGACCUGGACCGAAAGUUAGCCAUGCAGUUAGGUAUGGUAGACAAGGAUGAGCUGGAUGCAGCAGGCAUACCCUUGACUGCACGUGCUGUUUUCAUUGUCGACCCUAACAAGAAGUUCCGGCUCUCUAUCCUGUAUCCCGCCACCACAGGCAGGAACUUUGAUGAGAUUCUGCGUGUCCUGGACUCCCUACAAUUGACUGACAAUGCCAAAGUAGCUACUCCUGUGGAUUGGAAGAUGGGUGAUGACUGCAUGGUGCUUCCAACUGUUCCAGAGGAUAAGGUGAGUGAGGUGUUUCCUAACGGAGUAACUGUGGUUGACAUGCCUUCUGGCAAGAAUUAUAUACGCAAGACACCCUGCCCGAAGAUAUAGCUCUUUGUUAGUUCACCUCUCCUUAUGGCUGACUAUUGUUCCUUGUGGUUUAUAUGUUGUGUUUUGUGGACAUAAAUUGUUUAAAUUUGAAAUGGACAUUUCAUAAUAAAACGGAAUAUGUUGAAA